UCUAUGGUUAACAAUUUACAAACGAAAGCGGAUGGUGGAUGGGAGCUUGACUAUGGGAUCGAAGAGCCAGUUUCUGCGCAGACGAAUUAGGAUGCUCAACAGGUCAAGGAAAUUAUUAAUAAGCAAGGUACGAAGGCCAGGGCUUAGAUCUGUGCAACCCGACAAGUUUUCCUCGACUAAAGCUCCUCGGGGUACAGAAAUCACUGUCAAAACCCACUCUUCUCAAGAAAGCGAUCUCCAAUAUGUGAUCUACGUAUAUUCAAUUUCUGGCGGAAAUUCCAGACCAAGCCUGAUUAGAAACCACGCGCCCUCUAUUCACAGCAAGGUGCGGUUUGACUUUAAAAUCCCCGGCCUAAGCUUGUCAUCCAUCCUAUCCUUCCCAAUCGACCUCGCUGUGGGCACUUUGCAACACCCGGAGGGCGGACUAGAGCGACAGCGGAUUCUGCCCUUGUUGAAGCAUGAUGUGGGAAUUCUUCCCAACAUUCGUCGUGAUUCUCGAUAA